AUGACGUCUAAAACUGAUAAUCCUCCACCCUACGAGGAUGCACUGCACCAUCCUAAAUAUGAAAACUACCCCCACCAGCCACAACAUGGCUUCCCUCUUCCACCACCUCCAUCUUACAGCGCCAGUCCGGGCAUGUGCGCCGGCCCGCCUGGCUACUGGGGCCAUGAGAGUGUCUACCCGCAAGCUGGGAUGUGGGCAGCCCCUGGCUUCUCUCCAUCUGGGAUGCCCACCACAAUACCCACUUUGUCUGCUGGAGUGCCUGCAUCCAACCAAGGAGUCAUGGAAGAUUUUUUGAGCACCCAGUGGGAAAGCACAUCUAUUCGGCAUGCCUUCAUUCGAAAGGUUUACUUAAUUUUAACAGCGCAGCUUGCCGUCACCUUUUCAGUUGUUGCUGUCUUUACAUUUGUUGAGCCAGUGAGGCUGUUUGUCAUCAGAUACCCUGGCAUCUACUGGGCAUCUUUUGUCGUUUAUUUUGUGGUUUACUGCAUUCUCGUCUGCUGCAAAGAGCCGAGGAGGCGUUUCCCAUGGAAUCUUGUGCUGCUAGGAGUAUUUACUGUGGCCUUGUCUUACAUGGCUGGAACAAUUUCGAGCUAUUAUGAAACAAAAGCAGUGUUGCUCGCCAUGGGAAUAACAGCAUUAGUUUGUAUAGCUGUCACAAUCUUCUGCUUCCAAACCAAGGUGGACUUCACCUCCUGCGGGGGACUUCUCUGCAUUGCUUCCGUUGUGCUCAUGAUCAUUGGAAUUGUUACGGCCAUCGUCCUCUCCUUCCACUAUAUCCCUUGGCUGCAUAUGCUCUACGCAGCAAUUGGAGCCAUCGUUUACACUCUGUUUUUAGUAUACAACACCCAGCUUCUUAUUGGAAACAGGGAGUUGGCCAUCAGCCCAGAGGAGUACAUCUACGGAGCUCUCUCGCUCUACAUUGACAUUGUUCACAUCUUCCUCUUCAUCCUUCAAGUCAGCGGAGCUGCUACUGAUUAAGCCCAGACCACAUAUUGUUCUCUGAAAAUUCUGAAAUUCCAAACUAUUCAUUUAACUAUAUAUACGUUUUUAAGUCGGUAACACUUGAGCACUUUUAUUCUUGCAAUGUAUGAAGCAGGGCAGUGAAUUAAGUCUUUCACUUACCCAACUGUGAACGAGGAGAGAGAAACUAAAGCAUAUUUACGGUUGUUUUUUUUUUAUAUUGUGUCUUGCCUUUUUGGUUCAGCAAGUGGUAUUUUAGUAGAUCAUGUAGCCAUGAGAGAUUACAUUGAGCCUAUACUGGAAGUGAUACAAAAAUGUGCAUGUGUAAAAAAACAAUGCAUUAGUCUGUGAACUAUUACUUGUAUCAAACGUUAUCAGUAAUGAAUUUAGAAGCAGUGCAAACACAAAAACACAUCAUUCAAACAAUUGGAAACAACUAAUGGAUUGAUUGUUUUAGAGGUUUUUAUUAUUGUUUGUGUUUAGUCCUCUAAUGAUAUACAAACACCUGUAGUUAGAGUCAUACUGCUAGAGACCACAAUCAAUAGU